UUAACUCCAUUGAAGCACAUCAUGAAUCUCUUCAUCUCUUUCCAAAUACAGGUUUAUAAAUAACGAUGAUCGUUAUCAUUCCGAUAUAGUAAAUCUACACAUAAACAAAAUGGGUAGUCAUGUUAUCCAUAGUUUAACGUUUACGAUAUUAAGCUUCUUAUGGCUAAUUAGCAUGGAAUCAUGUUUUUCACAAGUCGAUCAGCAGGAUCCACAAGUUCCUGGGUUUUUCAUAUUUGGAGACUCCCUAGUUGACAAUGGAAAUAACAAUGGUAUACUUAGUCUUGCUAGAGCUAACUAUGCGCCUUACGGUAUCGACUUCCCUGAAGGUGCUUCCGGAAGGUUUAACAACGGCUUGACAAUGGUUGAUGUCUUAGCUCAACUCCUUGGGCUCCCGAAUCUAAUUCCUCCAUACGCGAGGACAAGAGGUCCUGCGCUUUUAAGAGGAGCCAAUUUUGCAUCUGGUGCGUCUGGUAUUAGGGAUGAAACCGGCAAUAAUCUGGGAGCUCAUGUGUCAAUGAAUCAACAAGUAGCAAACUUCGCGAGAGUCGUACAACAGAUGAGAAGGGCGUUCAGAAGAGAUGAUAAUGCCAUGAGUGCUUACUUGAGCAAAUGUAUUUUCUAUUGUGGACUGGGAAGUAACGAUUACCUGAACAAUUAUUUCAUGACUAGUUUCUAUGCAACCAGCCGUCAAUACACUCCAGCAGCUUAUGCUGCAUCUCUUCUCCAAGACUAUUCCCGCCAAUUAACGCAACUCUAUCAAUUGGGAGCUCGCAAGAUUGUAGUAACAGCAGUUGGGGGGAUAGGUUGCAUACCGUACCAAUUAGCCCGAGUCAACCCUGGCAAUCGUACUGCUAACAGCCAAUGCAAUGAAGAUAUAAACAAGGCAAUAUACAUUUUUAAUGCUGGGCUUCUAAACCUGGUGAAAAGCUUCAACAACGGCCGACUACCCGGUGCACAGUUUGUGUAUUUGAAUGUAAUCGAGAGCGCAAAAGAUCUCGUCACAAAUGGCGCUGCUUAUGGAUUUGAGGUUUUUGACAAGGGAUGUUGUGGUGUGGGAAGAAACAAUGGGGAGAUAACUUGUCUUCCGCUGCAACGACCAUGUCCCGAUCGUAGUAAGUACCUAUUUUGGGAUGCAUUUCAUCCCACAGAAGCUGCAAAUAUCAUCUUGGGGAAGAAAGCGUUUAGCUCGAAUUCGGCAACUGAUGUUUAUCCCAUGAACAUUCAAAAAUUAGCAAUGCUGCAAGGCUUAGCUAGUUAGUUCUAUAACUGGAGAGCUUAACUUGAAAACAUAUUUGCUUAAUAUUGACGAAGAAGACAUUGAAUUAUUUUCAGCAGUACUGUUAACCCUUUGUAACUGCUUAUUGUGAAUGCUUGUGUAUCAUUUCAUUUCAAUAUUUUCAACUAAUAAUAUAAGCUUUUAUCAUUUA